AGCUCCCCCGAAUGGCUGUCGGCCAGUGAAGAGUUAAAGGGAGGAGACGGACGGUGACACGCCUCAUUGGGCAGAUUAUGUGCGGCAAACAAAAAGUGUGUGUCUGUGUGCCAGGCAGCCAGUGCGUCGGGUCCAUCUGUACCACGGUAUCCUGUGAGGAGCUGUCACACACACAGCGCAGGGGGAAUGUACUGAGCGGGCGGACCGAGACACACAGAGAGAGACAGAGACAGAGAGAGAGAAAGAGAGAGAGCCAGCAACCCCUCCAUUUUACACCGUUAUUUUACACCAUUUUACUCACACCCGUCUGCGGCGGCGCGCUAAAACCUUGUGGAUUAUAUAUUGCUCCCGAGAAAAAGGCGACCAUGGAGGAAUCCAGUUCCCAAAGACUGGCGUGGGAUGGCGAUGCCAAGGCGGUGCAGCAGUGCUUAACGGAUAUUUUCACCAGCGUGUACACGACCUGCGACAUACCAGAAAAUGCCAUCUUUGGACCCUGUGUUCUGAGCCACACGUCCUUAUACGACAGCAUCGCCUUCGUUGCGCUGAAAUCUACGGACAAGAGAACUGCACCUUAUAUUUUCAGGGUGGAUACCUCGGCGGCCAACAGCUCAUCCGAGGGCCUAAUGUGGCUGCGGCUCGUCCAGUCUGCCAGGGACAAGGAUGAGCAGAACCUGGAGGCCUACGUGAAGAACGGACAGCUGUUCUACAGAUCUCUGAGGAGAAUCGAGAAGGACGAGGAGCUGCUGGUGUGGUAUGGAAAAGACCUGAUCGAACUGCUGCUCCUGAGCUCCAGCAGAGCGCAGUCUAAGAACAAAGGAUUGCCCCCCUAUUUGUGUCCAGAUUGCAACCAACGCUUCCAGUUUGAGUUUCCCUUCCUGGCCCAUCUGAGAUUCCGCUGUACCAAGAGGCUACAAACCAUUAGCAGUACAAUUGAAGACUGUAAGCACAACUGUGAGGAAGUCAGUAUGGCUCCCUCAAGGUCCAGCCCCAAACUGGUGAGGUCAGAGGGGUACUCCAGCUCACAGGAUGGUAAGCCCUCCACAGACUUCCACAAUUUAGCUAGAGAUCUUGAGAACAGCAGGACCAGUCCACCCAGUGAUGUGGAGGCUGAGAUUAGGAGUGAGAGCAACCACAAGAGGAAGUUCUCUGAGGUGGAGGAGAGCCGGAGCGGGAGCUUGCCGCAUCCCGUCAAAUCGAAGGAAGAUUUAGUGAGCUCAGCGCAACAGUACCUGGGAGCAUAUGGUUUGGAAGAGAACAGGCAGAGGUACUCUCCCUCCGGCCUGGGUGCCACCGAAAGUAAACGGAGCGCCUUCACUGAGGUCAAGAAAGCUUCCCAGGGCCUCAAACACAGCACCAAAAACCUGAGCUCCAACACGGAGAACAAGGGCAGCGGAAGGCCGAGCGGCAGCCCGUCGGAAAAACAUGCAAACAUCAGGCAAGUGCUGACGGAGACGCAGCCGCAGUCCCGCAUGGAGAGCUCCUCGGUGGGCAGCGCUUUCACCUCCGUGCCUCAGCAGGUUGGCAGCUCAGAGAGGAAGAGCGCCUUCAGCCAACCGACCCGCUCCUUCUCGCAGCUGUCCCCCCUGGUGAUGACCCCCAAGCUGCUCCCGUCCGUGGACUGCCACCCUGCCGUGGGGGACACCAUCUCGUCCAGUCGGCUGUACCAGGCUGACCACCUGGCGGCCAAACUCCAGAGCUCUGAGUUGGGUAGCAACUGUCCGGUCCCGGGUGGCAUUCCCAAGCAGAGCCCCUUCCUUUAUGCAACAGCCUUUUGGCCAAAGACCUCGGGACCUAUCCAGCUGCAGAUGCCCUCGGCCCUCACUCUCCUGCCCCCCUCCUUCACGUCCCUCUGCCUUCCCGCACAGAACUGGUGUGCCAAGUGUAACGCUUCCUUCCGCAUGACCUCUGACCUGGUCUACCACAUGAGGUCCCACCACAAAAAGGAAUACUCCAUGGAGCCCCUGGUGAAGCGGCGGAGGGAGGAAAAGCUCAAGUGCCCCAUCUGCAAUGAGUCCUUCAGGGAGCGACACCACCUUUCUCGACACAUGACGUCUCACAACUAGCUUUUUUUUUCAGUGGAACUGUUUGGUUACUGACGGUUUUCAAAAUGGGAUUAUUGUUAAAAUGGAGUUACGUCUUUGAAUGCACUUGUUUUCACUUUCAAAAGGACAUUUUUUUUAUGUUUUCUGCAUAUGCAAACGCAUUUUAAAUUAAAAAAAGUAAUUUAUCAUAAAAGCACUUAAUUUGGAAAUAAGGGAAACCAUAAUGAUAUGUGUAUAUGUAAGUUGUAUUUUAUAUAUACAGAAAAUGAAUAAAAAUGUUGGUGCAUUCCAUGGAUUAUUAUUUAAUUAUU